AUGGACGCUGCAAAGACUAUCGCUCUAUCCAACGGCUCUGCGCCGUUGACAACAUCAACGGUCAACGAAAAGUACACAGCUGCCAUGGCCUCCAUACCAGAUUCCACAUCACCACUUUUGUCACGGCCACGUUCUGGGGAACAAGAUGAGGAUACUCCGAAGACAAUACUCAACUUUGAGAAGCCUGGCCCUGGGACAAUGUUCUUCUGUCUUGUCCUCAAUAUGCUCGUUACGAUAUCUUGGUACUAUCUCAAUAUUGACGUUUCGGUCGCCGACAAAGUAUCAAUCGGCUUGACAUGUCGCUACAUGUACGACGGUCUCGUCCUCGUUCCCAUGGGUCUGUUCUCGCUGUUACAAUGCCUGUACAGCUUUGGCACAUUGCUGUGCUUGAGGCCAGACGACCGUGCGCUCUGCAUUGCAAGAGUAGCACUUGGAGGAAUGCUUGGUGCCUCUCUAGUUGUGAAGUAUGGCCUCGGUGCAGGUGUCCUGGAUGGCAGCUCUGGCACACAGUUGUGCUUCUGGGCGACUACGGGAGUGUUGCCUGGAGCUGGAGCCGUGGCACUGGUCGGAUUCUGUUGGGAUUGCUUAUAUUGGGGUACUGAGAGGCCGGUCGAGUCGGUCGUGGAUGAGAAGCGGCCGCUGUUGGAAAAGCAGGACGUUUAA